GUUUCCUUGCCAGGUGCUUAUUUUGCUAUAGGACAGGUGUACAGUGUUUCUUAGGCUUAACAAAAAAAUACUAGAGGAAGAAUUCUCUUCAAAAAAACUCUUCUUUGGUGAAUCCUUUUGCUAUUAGUUUAUGAGCUUGCCAUGGAAGCUGUUACUGAUAAUCCAGAUCAAAUACUGGAAGAGAUCAGGCACCAAAACUUCAGUUUAGGAGAGCUUCUUAAAGAUGUCAGUAAGGACAAUGAGAAGAUAGCAGAAUUCCUUCCAAAACUGACUCCUCUCCUUCUAGACCUCAUGAAAGCCUUCAGCCGGCAACUGGAAGACACUUCUAAGAUUCUUCAAAAUACCUAUCAGCUGCUGGAUGUUGUUCAUGACAAAGGCUGGAAACAAGCUUCAAGUAAAGCAGGGAGCAGCCUUGCAGACUGGCUUCAGAAAUUAAACAAGCUCAUCAUACAUGUUGCCAAAUACUUUGGAGACUUACAAAACAAACUGCUUGAGAUGAGCUGCAGAAAAUCGGAUGCUGUGCCAUUUGUUCCGUGUACCCCUUGGAAAUCUGUGCGUGAGGCUGAUAAAGAGAAAGCAAAUGGCACGCAGUUAUUGGCAGGUGUCAAUCAGCCAUUUCAUGAACCGUCCUCUGUAUGCAGAGGGGGAAACGGAACCCAGGUGACAGAAGACAAAACGGUGGAAACUGAAACGGGUUCAUCCUCAAAUGAAAAUAUAGCUGACAAAGAACAGGAAUGUCCAGUACUUGUGAAAAAUGAAGAUCAGCAACAAAAAUCCAUUGCAGUGCCAAAUCAGGACAAUGGAAUAGGUUCUCAAUCAGUGCUAUCUCCCACUCAGAAAAUUUCAGAAAACAGAGAUUUGGAAGACAGUUCAGGAAACAAUGGGGGAAAUGUAACUGUGUCCAGAAAGGUGGAAAACAGCAGUGUAAAGCAUCUGCAGACGUGUCCUGAUCAGGAAAAACAGACAGAGAUAAAAGAGGCCCUGAAGCAGAUGGGAAAUGGGAAUUGCAGGCUGAUAGCUGAGCCAGGCAGGAGUGACAAAGAUGUCAAUCAAAAGAAGACAAGUAAUGAAAUUGCCCAAAGCUACCAAGAAAAUUGUACAAGGUCAGGAGACUUGCAUAAAAACAGUUCCAUGCAUCUGUCUUCCGGUGAGCUGGAAGGAAAGGACAAUGAAAGUGACUGGAUGACUAAAGAGUUUCUUGUGAAAGCGAAUGAUCUGAGUGAACCUGAAAUAGCCUGUUGCAUUCGAGCCCCUUUCAGUGUGCUGGAAAAUCUAGUCAUCCGACUUGUCAAUGAUUUGAGUUCAUUGGUGGUGGAUGGUUCAGAAGAACUGGUCAGCAACGUCAUCCAUGCUGAGUGCUGCCCUUCUGUUGGCCCACCAACCAUUCAUUCCAUCACCAUCGCGAUCCCGUUUAUUUCACGUUACAGAGGAAUGUACAAAGACAUUAUGGUGAAGGUGACUGAUGUGAACUUUCGGUCAAGGUAUUUGACUCCUGUCUCCCUGGAAGGGCACCAAGGAAACCAGAAGGGGACUUUUGCAGAGGUGAAAACCAGCCAGCUUGGUAUUUUUUCAGUGGUUUCAUGCUUAAAGACGGAAACAGUCACCAUUCCAAAGAAAGGACUUUCACGAAAGCUAAGUAUGGAUCCCAGAAUUUCAUUUUGCUGGCCUCCGUCAACUUUUACCUCUCGUGUAACAAUGCACCUAAAGGUACAACCAAUUGAGCCAUCUCUAAUUUCCACGUUAAAAACAAAGAAUGACGUGUACCAUUCAGUGGUGUCUACUAGCCCUCUGGUGCACCUGCAACAUCCUUCAUCACGGCCAUUCAACAAAUCCAUCGCAAUUAUUCUGCCUUGCCCUCCAAAUCAAGAAAAGAAGACGGAAGGGAAUGAGAAGGACCCAGGGAGAGCUAUGAGUGCAUCCAUACCCAGAGUUACAACUGCGCAUCAAUUUCGUUUUUAUUGUAUUAAGAUGUAUGCUUACGUCCCAGAUAACUUUUAUACGCCAAAAGCUGCCUUGUGGUUCUCCAGGGCAAUGAGUGCCUCUCCGAGAAAGCAUGGGGAGAAUCUCCACGAAUCCUUGAAAUUACUGGGGUACAGAAGCAGAGAAGAGGAAUGGGCCGUGUUGGAUGAUAUCGCGGUGCAGAAUGCACGGAAUGGCCUCGUGUCAUUUGAACUAGGCGAGCCCUUAGACAGCUUUAUUAUCCUUCGCCUGUCCUCUUCUGUGGAUAACGCACAUCUAGUUCAGUUCGUUAAAAAUAUGGAGAAAGACAUCUACACCACGAUGGUGAAAGUGGUGCUCUAUCGGAAAAGAGAAGAUCCGUACAAGGUCGCUGUCUUACUCGUUCCAUCCAAGGAACUGAACUUGGAGCUGCAGGCUCUGCGUGAGGAGGGUUUCUCUGGCCCUCCUGAUCCCUCUCAGCAGUUCAAACUGAGAGAAGGGGAGCAGGUUUAUUUUAGAUUUAGCGGAAAUAUUCAUGCUUCAGAUUAUGGGGCGGCCUUUGGGAAAAGCUACAAGCUUACUUUUCAUGCACAGAAAAAGUCACGGCUUGACCUGCAAAUCAAGGAGGUGGAUGAAUUUGGCAAUUACAGCUCACCGCAUUACAAAGGAACCGCCUUAUUCUACAAAGUGAGCAAAGAAGCCAUUGCUAAAAGCUGGGAACAGUCUCUUUUGCCUGAAGGCUACCAGCAGGAAGACCUUCUCUGCAAAUUGGCUCUAACCUUGCCAAAAAGGGAAAAGCUUAUCGUUCGUCCACAGAGCACAAAAAUAACCUCAACUGAUUCAUCAGAUGCACUGUGGGACAAUUUACUGUAUUGGCUGUCACACGAGCUGUCGGAAGAUAACGCUUCUUGCCUCGCUCUCUGUCUGCCUCUCCACCGAAGCACUCUUCCAUUUAUUAAACUGAGGUGCCCUGAUAAUCUCACUGAGCAGAUCUACGAGUUCCUGUGCUUCUGGAAAAGGAAUCUUCCGCGAUCUGCAGACAAGCUCCAGCUCCUCUCUCGCUAUCUCUAUAAAAGCGGCAGAAGCGAUCUUGUCAAGGAUCUCCAGUUCAAAUGGAAGAGCAAAGUUUUCUGGAGGAAAACUCAUGAUUUCUUUAGUAGGCCAGUUGGGGAUGGGGAGUCUAUGUAAUUGUCUUUUUUAAAAAAAACUCUUUCCGAACAACUGCUUCAUUUCAGUAGUGAAAAAUGGAAACCAUUCAGGAGGGAGAUGUCAAUUGUGAGAUACGUAUAUUUUAACACCGCUUCAUUUGCUCAGCAGUACAUUUCUCUGCCAAGCCUGCAGACAGAAAUUGUACCUAUGUGUGGUUUUGAUAGGGCCCCCAAAAUCCAUGGGGGCACUGGGUGCUUGUCAGCAAAGUUGUACUCAGAGCAGACAUAUUUAAAUUAACGAACAUUACAAAUUUAGGCUUAUUAAUAGGUCUGAGUAAAACCUAGUUGAAUACAGUGGAACCUCAGUUGUCGAACACUUCAGAAGCCAAACAAUUCGGAAGCAAAAUGCCAACAAUCCGGAAGUGAAUGCUUCCGUUUUCGAACGUGCCUCGGACGUCAAACAGCUUCUGAAGGCGCAUUUCUCCAUUUUUUAAAAGGAAUUUGCCGGCCGGCAAUUGCGCCUCAGUUGUCGAACAUUUUGGAAGUCGAACGGUCUUCCAGAACGGAUUACGUUCGACAACCAAGGUUUCACUGUAUACCACCACUCAUUGCAAGCAACUGUAAAAGCAGCUUAAAGUAUACUUAUAUUAAGGAAUGCAUUUGCAAUCCUAUACCAACUUUCCUGGGUGUAAGCUUCAUAGAACUCAGCAAAACUUACUUCUGAACAGUGCUUUUUUUCUGGGGGUACGCAGGGGUACGCAUAUCCCUGAACAUUUUGUGAAUCUUUGUACUUUUGUCCAUUUACUGUAUUUAUUUUCCCCGAUUUGAACUCUAAAAUGGUGAUUUCCUUGAAUCAAAUUAAAAGUACCCCUAAACAUUUUUAAGAAAAAAAGCACUGCUUCUGAAUGUCCACUUUAAACAGUUGUAGACCCUCCCCCAAGAAUCUGGGGGGGGGGGCUGUAGAGUGGUAAUAAUUCUUAGGGGGGCCCUAUUCCCCUUACACAGAGACAAUUCCCAGACUUCCCUGGAAAGAAGGAUUGGUUAUUAAACCAUCCUGGGGAUUUUAGCUCUGAGUGAUUUUAGCUCUCAAUGAAGUCCCCAAUAUUUGAGCAGUUUGUUCCCAAGUGCCUUUCCUCAAAUACCCCACAUACCUUCCAAUGAGCUGGGAAUUCAUCUCAUCCUGAGCCCCUCGACCCAGCAGAAUGGAGCUCAGGAUUUUUCUGUAGAUGAUACAGCAUGGAGCCCAACCAUUCAUGAGAAAGGCCAUUUAAAAAAGUGGCAAAAUACACUUCCAGACCCAAUCUGGGAGAAUAGAGAAGCCCACAAAAAUUGGAUUUUAAAAUUCAGGUAAAGUUUUCAGCUUUCAUUUAGAUGUACUCAGUGCUUCAUUUAGAAGUACACAGGGGAAAGGACUGGGCAGGAGUGGGUCAGAGUUGGGAUUGGAUGAAAAAUUGAUGUUUGUUUAAUUUUUGGACGGAUUAAAUUGGUUGGAAAUGGAUAAUUUUAAGGAGCUAGUUGAAGCAUCCGGGAAAACCGGAACUGGGGGGGGGGUUGAACUUAGAAGUAAAAGAGGAAAAUAUAAGGAGAUUUGAUAAUUUUGUGAAUCAUUUUUGAGGGAAAAUUAGAGGCCAAUGGGGAAUUAUAAUAGAUAAAUAAGAUUAUAAUGUUUGGAUUAGGGGAAAAAAUUGGAAUUGUUUUAGAUUGGAAAAUGAAUGUAAAAAGUUGUAUUUUUAAAAUGAAUUGGAAGUUGCAUAUUUUGGGGAUAAAAAAGGGCUCGGAAAAGAGGGGUCGGGGAAGUCGGAAUUGAUUAUAAUCAUGGAUUAUAAAUUAGAAUGUUUUUCUUUUUUUUCUUUUUUCUUUUUUGAAGUGUUUUUUUUUCCUCUGUGGUUUUUUCCCUUUUUUUCUUGUUGUUGUUUUUAUUUGUAUUGGCUAUGUAAAAUUGUUUUU